AUGUCAACACCAAUAGAUCGUUACUAUAAACUCUUUUCAUUAUCUGGAGUGUCUCCCAAAUUAUUAAAGAAUGAGGAACACUUCAAUCUCCAUGUUAGACCAAAAAAAGAGAAGUGUUCAGAACAACCAAAAGCAAUUGUCUGGGAGGCUAAUGCAGUACAAGAUUCAGAUUUGCUAGAUAAAGAUGCCAAAACAGUACUAGAUUCAUUCAAAAGUAUUUAUGAACGAGGUCAUGUAAAACUUCCUACUUUCAGAGUCAACACUGAUACUGGAAAAGAAUUUGAUAAUCAUUUAUUCCGAGAUUUUUUCACAAAGGAAGUUAAAGAAAUGUUAACUGGAAUAACUUCUGUAGAAUGGUCCAAUGAUUAUCCCAUGCUGAUAGAGGCUAUUAGAAAGGAAUGGAAACGUGAUCCUCUUCCUAUUCCAGAAGGUCUUCCUAAAAUUUCGAAUAAAGAUGAUUUACUACAAGAAGGAACUCGAGUUCGAGUUAUGUUAUUUGAGCCUAAAUCUGUACUUGGACAAAAAUUACAUGGCAAAUUCCACACAGGUGAUAUUAGGUGGGAUCCAGAAAUUCAAGUAAUUAAAAAACUUAUAUUAAGUCCUGAGCAACCACCAACAUAUCUUGUUAAUGGCCCUCAUGGCAAGUUGGGAGUAUCACGUUGUGCAUAUACUAGAAAACAACUCCAAGUAGUUCCAGACAAUGAGAAUCCCCCUCCAGAUUCAGUUAUUCAUAGUAAACAAUAUAAAUUCAUUCCCGAAAAAAUUCUUAAGCAACGAACUUACAAAGCAAAUAGAUUUAAAGAGGAUGCACCUAAUCUUGUAAAUGAAUUUCUGGGAGUAAAAAAAUAG